AGGGACGCCAAGAUGAGCUUUUGCCUUCGGGGAGGAACUACCGGCAGCAACCACGUGACACGCUGCCCUUUCCCUCCCAGCCCUGACUUCCUCUUGGUUACCGUUUUGGCGGUCCGGUCGGGUUUCGCGUCCGGUCGCAUCUCAGGACGAGCGGACAUGACGGGCACUCCGAAUCCCGGAGAGACGGGGGAGAAGAAGCCGAGUUUUGGGGGCCGUCUCCGCGCCGGCCGCCUAGCCUUGUGGUGGAAGAGUCUCCUGCACGACUAUGCUGAAGCCUGCCGAGAAGUCGCCCAAGGCAUCCGGCAGCGGCCAGUGAAAACAGGGCUCUACCUAUCGCUGCUAGCUGGAACGGUGAGCUGCAGCCUCCGCAACCCCAGUGAAGCCUCAUUCGACUCCAGCCUCCUGGAUGCCUCGGGAACUCUCCUACUCCUCUCGCCGUGGACGCGCAGCAGCAGCUCGGAAAAGCACACCCAGCGGCUGAUGGUGCUCCGAAACCGAGGCCAGCUGCGGGUUCAGAACCUUGUGUUUUUCUCACUUCUCUACAAGGCGCCUUUCGACACCGGAGCAGACCUUUAUCAAGCGCACUGCAAGUAUUUAAAGCCACGGUGGACUGAGUUUCCCAGCCGGGUCCUCGAUGUAGGCUUCUGGGGGCGCUGGUGGGUGUUGCACUCUAGAAUGCAGAAUUCAGACAUUAACAAUGAAGAGUUUCAGUACCUGCCAGAGCAUCUCAGGACCAUUUGUUUUAAUCACUUGCACUCAGAAACCAACGAGAAACUUUUUGAUGAGAAGUACAAAGCUGUGAUUCUGACAGAAGAGCAAAUCGAAGAAGCUGACAGGGAGAAUCAAGGGCAACUGCACUCUUAAUUAAAGCAGUUGAGUGACUGUAAUAUAGUAUUAGAAAACAAACCAAAGUACUUCAUUUAUUCAUCUUUCUAUUUUUUUCUAGGACGCAACUAUUCAUUGCUGUAUUCUUGAUAGGCUAUAUUCCUGAUACAAGAAUAAAUCCUUUCCAAAACUGA